CUUCUUAGGGACACUAGGUAGUGUUUGAGAGAAUGACGUGUUGAGGUUCAGAAGUGCUCUAGGUGUCGGAAAGGGAGUGAAUUCGGAUCGAGUCGUUAUAGAAGUGACGCGCCACAGUUGGUUACAGGGGGGACUGGUGGAGAGUUCGGUGAGAACCGGCGGCGAUUUAACGGGACUUCCUCCGGUAUGGGCCUGUUAGCGCGCGUGCGGAAGGAAUGGUUCAUUGUCGGUAUCGCGCUCGCGAUCGCUUCGGCCAAGCUCGCGCCGUCUGUGGGGGUGAAAGGAGGUCCUCUUCGGCCCGAGAUCACCAUCACCUAUAUAGCAGUGUCUGUCAUUUUCUUUAACAGCGGGUUAUCCUUAAAGACUGAGGAGUUGGCGAGUGCGUUACUGCACGUGAAGUUACAUUUGUUUGUUCAGACGUUCACUCUGAUUUUUUUCCCUGUGGCCAUCUGGACUCUUCUCAAAAUCUUGUCACUCACUGCAAUUAAUGAAUGGCUUCUUAAAGGGUUACAGACUGUGGGUUGUAUGCCUCCUCCUGUGUCGUCUGCCGUCAUCCUCACUAAAGCUGUUGGGGGAAAUGAGGCUGCCGCCAUUUUCAACUCAGCAUUUGGAAGCUUUCUGGGGAUCGUCGUCACACCGCUGCUGCUGUUGUUGUUUCUUGGAUCAUCCUCCGCAGUACCGUUCUCCUCCAUCUUCUCUCAGCUCUUCAUGACUGUAGUUGUUCCUCUUAUAGUUGGACAGGUGUGUAGGAGGUUCCUGAGGGAGUGGUUGGAGAGGAGGAAGCCUCCGUUUGGUACAGUGAGCAGCGUCGUUCUGCUCAUGAUCAUCUACACCACCUUCUGUGACACGUUCUCCAACCCCGACAUCGAGCUGGACCACCUCAGCCUCCUCAUCAUUGUCUUCAUUAUUUUUACCAUUCAGUUCACAUUCAUGCUACUGACUUUCUUCUUGUCUACCAGGAAGGCUUCAGGCUUCACAGCAGCUGAUUCUGUAGCAAUACUUUUUUGCUCUACACACAAAUCCCUCACUUUGGGUAUUCCCAUGCUGAAGAUUGUAUUCGCAGGCUUUGAGCAUCUCUCGCUCAUCACAGUGCCUCUGCUCAUCUAUCACCCUGCUCAGAUCCUCCUGGGCAGCAUCCUGGUGCCGACCAUCAAAGCCUGGAUGAACACGAGUCAGAAGUCGUACAUUUUAUUGCAGUAAAUCUGCAUGUCUUUACCGCAUCCACGAGUCCGUCCUGAAACUGACCAACCUGCAGCCCAUCUGAGAGGAUUGUGAAUUAAUUUACCUCAGAAAUAAAACCCAAAGCUGACUUGACCUGCAGUGUUCCAUCAUCACUGGUGAAGGAUGAGGGACGUUUCCUGGGAAGAAGAGAUGACCAAGUGCCUUAAUACAACUAGUGGGACCUCAGGCAGCUUCAGCAGCUUGCCUCCCUCUCCCUCUCUCUCUCUCUCUCUCUGUGUCUCUCUGUGUUUUUCUCUGUGUGUCUCUCUCUUUGUCUCUCUCGCUGUGUGUUUCUCUCUGUGUGUCUCUCUCUUUCUGUCCCUGUCUCUCUCUCUGUGUGUCUAUAGUGUGUAUAUUUCUGUAUUCUCUCUCUCUCCCUCUUUCUCUCUCUUUCUCUCUGCAGGGAAAAUUCUUUUACAAGCUCAAAGUUAUUCCAUGAGCGUGUUUUUUUUUAAUAAAUGUGAAUGUACAGCUUUAUUUUUAUAUGAAGCGCUUUAAGCUUUGCACACAAUGAGAACAUUCUCUAUCUUUUUUCCUAAAUCUGUUGUAGGUUUUUUCUCCUUAUUUUAUUCCUAAUCAUUCAUUCAUUAUUGGGGGCCCCAGAUUUCUGACCUGCUGAAACUUAUUAUGAAGUUUCAGGUCUUUUUAUAUGUGUCUCUCUGCCACGGGGACGUUUAGGUCAGUGUUCUCGAUGUUAAGUGAACCAUGUUGCUGUUACGUUCAACGUAUUACGACCUUUAAUCCUAAUCCAGGUUAAAGAAAGAGAUGUGUUAAAGGACCAAGAAGAAUUUUGUAUGUUGUGAUUCGUCCAAACUUUCAGGAUGAUUAUGAACAUGUACUGUAUUAACAGGUUAAAGGGUGAAUCUCAAUAUCAUGUCCUUCUGCAAACAUCAGUAUCACGAAGUUUUAUAUCGCUGUAAGGAUUAACAACCGAUUUACUGUCCGACCUCUCCAGGAUAUCAGCCUUGUGUUUUUACUGCCACAUUUCCUCAGACAAUAAAACACUAAGACUGAUUUAAUUCCUCAAA